UGCAGCAGUACUGACUCGACAGCUGGAGCGAGAAAGCGCUUGAACUUUGCAAGCAUCGAGGAAACGUUUCGCAGUAGGCAAGAUGGAAUCGUUAGUUGAAUAAAUUAAAAAUCGAUCGAUUCCGGUGUUUGAUCUUCGAAUGAACAUUCGCGAACGAUUAUUCAGAGCAAACUGUCAAAAUUUAUGCGAUAAAAAAACAGUAAAAUAAAAGACAACGAUGGAGCUGUCUUUCGUUGCUAGUACAGUGAGUGUAAUCUUGCUUGUUUAUCUCUUCUACAAAUACUUCAUUGAGAUAAACAACUAUUGGGAGAAAAAAGGUGUCCCGACGGUCCCCGGUGCCCUUCCAUUGAUUGGUCACCUGUCCAUGAUAUUUCGGACCCACAAAUCACUUCCUUGCUUCUGCGCUGAAAUUUACAAGGCGAACACAGGUCGAAGCAUGGUUGGAUUCUAUCAAGCACGAAAUCCUACGCUCAUGCUCAUGGAUCCGGAGCUCAUAAAGACAGUGCUGAUCAAGGAUUUUCCGAAGUUUCACGAGAACGUGUUCAACGUGAACGAAAAAAUCGAUCCACUCGUCUCCAAAAAUCCUUUCUUCACCUCCGGUGAUAAAUGGAAGCUGCAACGCAAUCGUCUCUCUUACGCUCUCAUGUCGAGCAAGAAACUCCGUAUUUUGUGCCUCGCGAUCGCCAGAGUGUGCGAAAAAUUCACGAAAUAUUUAGCCGAUCAAGUCGAACGUUCGAAAGACGGUAUUUGCGAGAUCGAUACUAAGAUAUUCAGCAAUUGUUUCACCGGCGAAGUAGUAGCGAGUGCGGGAUUCGGGGUCGAGGGUGAUUUCUUCGUUAAUGGAUCUGGACCAAAUUCGUUUCGCGAAGCUGUAGAAGGUUUUAUGGAGCCGAGUUUCUUGAACAGUUUCAUGCAAACAAUGCUCUUCUUAUGUCCGCGCUUAAAUACAGUUUUGCAGCUUCCUUUUCUGCCGAAGAAAAUGGACAGUUUCUUCCGGCGUAUCAUUCGUGAGAUGAUCAGCCUUCGGGAAAAGGACGGAAUUCCCCGCAACGACUUUCUGCAGCUGAUGCUGGAGAACUCGAAGAGCAAGAGCGAGGAAAUUGACGAGGAAUCGAUAGCCGCGAGCGCGACAUCUUUUUUCCUUGAUGGUUACGAAACCUCGGCGAUAACUCUGGGCUUCUUCGCUUAUCAGUUGGCCGAAAAUCCAGACGUACAAACAAAAUUGAGGGACGAAGUUAAUACGAUUCUCGAAAAACACGAGGGGCAAAUGAGUUACGAGUGCCUCGGAGAAAUGACGUACAUGGACCAAGCGCUCAACGAGUCGAUGAGAUUGUACCCGGCUCUUGGUGUUCUCCAGAAAAAAUCCAGCGAACCUUUGAAAAUCGUAGGCGAAGAUGGCAUCGAAUGCACGCUCGAACCCAACACCGACCUCGUCAUUUCGGUUCAAGGGAUCCACAGAGACCCAAAAUAUUGGCCGAACCCAAAUAUUUUCGACCCCGAGAGGUUCAACGACGAACGCAAACACGAACGUCCUAAAAUGGCUUUUUUGCCAUUCGGCGAAGGCCCUAGAAUUUGCGUUGGCAUGAGAUUCGCUUUGUUGCAAAUAAAAGCAGCCGCUAGCAUGAUCCUCAAGGAAUUCAGCAUUGAAAAAUCCUCGAAAAAUAACCGACCGUUGGUUUACGGCCCCGGGGCAAUACUCACCAGCAUAGAGGGAGGCGUUUGGGUUAAAUUGAGGUCCCUCAAACGACCUUGACUCUGUUACUAUCUAUCAACUAUUUGUGACAAUAUUUGAAGUUUAAAUAACACCUCGUUUUCAAAUAAAAAUUCAUUUCGUUACCUUGA